CGGGGGGGGUUGAUGGUGUAUUGUGUUGUAAGGCACAGGCACAGUUGAUAGUAGGCCUUACAUGAGACCAUGAGUUGGGCAUGACCCAGGAAUGCGAAAGUCCACAUACAACAACGGGAUGUCGAAGAUGUGGAGCAAUAAUGGAUGAAAUGCCAACAAGGAUUCCACCAAACAGUACUUCCAGUUAUAAUUCACUGAAUCCAGAGGGGUUGGAUCCUCAAACGCCUGGAAGCAAAGCCAAGCAAUCCACAAUAAGAGAAGGAUCAACAACAUCUGGUAAAAAAAUCCGUAUGAAGCCAGUUUAUUUCUGGAAUGUGAAUGAUGUGAAUAAAUGGAUGAAGAAAUGUUGUCCAGUCCACUACAAUCGUUACGGUGUCACAUUCCAGGACAAUGAAAUAACAGGACGUGCUCUCCUCCGACUGAAUGAUAAUAAACUUCGAAGACUUGGCAUUGUGGAGAAUACUGACAGAGAUGAAUUAUUACACUACAUUCACCAUCUUCGGAUCAAAUUUGAGUCAUAUGAAUUCAAGAAUAUGGAUCAAGAUGUAAAAAGCUGAUGCAGUUAGCCAGGGCAGACCUGUCCAUCUGUUCUACUGGUGCCAUAUGAACUGGAAAUAUGUGUCCAUCAUCUCUUGGGUCAUUCAUUCAUCAUGAGGACCUUCACAGAAUCCACGUUGUAUUCACUGGAAUUUGAUGCUAUGAAUGGAACAAAAUCCGCCAUGUAGCAUUUUCGAAACUAAUUUGAAGCCUGUGGUCAAACUGGUGCCUUUGUUUUGUCCAGAAGUCAGAUGAGUGUUGGAUAGUCAAAAUUUGCAGGCCCACCGAUGUCAUACCCUGGAAUCAUUUUAUGUAGUCAUUGCUUUACCUGUGUAACUGUCACAGUCUUUGAAAUGUUACUUAGCUCGCCCAGUUCAUCACUAUUAUUAUGUUCCAUUUAUGCUUCUUCAUCAUCUUGGGUGUUACUUGGGACAAAUGUCAUAAGUGACUCAAGUGUUUAUGUAACAGAAUGCAAGAAAACCCUUGCCAAUCCCUACCGUUCUCCAUUUACUUGUAUCAAAAGAGAGUCGAGAGAGGAGACUGUAGCUGUCACCUCCUUCCCAAAAAUGGACAUAUUCUAUUUGAGUGAACACCUUUUAGAACAAACUAAGGACAUUUCAUUAUUCCUAUUUUCUUGCAUGAUUGUAAGGAGGGGUUCAACUGCAUUCUUUUAAGCUGUGCAAUAAUUUGAAAUUUAUAUAUCUGUUUGUCACUUGAUUGUAAAUAAAUGUGCCAAGACUAUUAA